AUGGGAAUUGCUAAGAUCAAAGGAAUAAGCACAACCAAGAGUUUUGCUAGAAGCUGCAAAGAACUCAAGAAGAAAGGUGUAAAGGAAGAUGGCCUUUACUACUUGUCCACUGCAAAUGGUGUUCUUUACCAGACCUUCUGUGACAUGACAACAGCGGGGGGAGGCUGGACUUUGGUGGCCAGUGUCCAUGAGAAUAACAUCUAUGGGAAGUGCACCAUAGGCGACCGCUGGUCCAGCCAGCACGGAAACAGUGCGUACAUGCCUGAGGGAGACCGAAGCUGGAGCAACAGAGUGAUCUUCGGCACUGUGGAGGCAGCCACCUCUGAUGACUACAAGAAUCCUGGAUAUUAUGACUUGAAAGCCCAAGAUGUGUCGGUGUGGCAUGUUCAUAAUGAUGCUGAAGUGGAACAUUGGAAAAUGGCCUCCAUUCUGAGAUAUCACACUCAGACAAAUUUCUUACAUUUAUAUGGAGGAAACCUGUACUACUUAUUCAAGCAACAUCCAGUGAAAUACCUGGCAGGUGACUGCAACAAAGACAGAGGACCAUCUGUUCCUAUUGUAUAUGACCUUGGUAAUGAGGAAACUACUACCAACCUGUACGGUCCAUAUUCAAAAGCCCAGAUUGUCCCAGGCUUCGUCACAUUUAGAGUAUUCAAUAACGAAAAAUCGGCCAUGGCAAUGUGCUCCGGAGUAAAGCCAACUGGGUGCGACACUGAAGCGUAUUGUAUUGGGGGAGGAGGAUACUUUGCCGAAAGCAGUUAUCAGUGCGGGGACUUCACGGCAUUCGCCUGGAACGGCUACGGAACACACGCGCAAUGGAGUGUUGCCAGGGAGCUGAUUGAGUCUGCAGUGCUGAUCUUCUAUCGCUAAAGUGUAAACAGCAAGAGCGCUCAUGCUUUAAGUGGUCUGACCUAACUCAUA